AUGAGUCAAGUAGACUAUCCUGAGAAACUUGAUAUACCAUUUUUAUAGAAGAUUGACAUAUUUGGAGUUGGCGUAAACAUAAAAUUUAACAAAAGGGAAAAGUACCAAACAAAAUUAGGAGGAUUGUUUUCAGUAGUAGUUUAUAUUUUGAUGCUCGUUUACUCAAUGAAUUUACUAAAUAUAAUUCUUAAAAAAACUGAUCCAAUAGUCAUAUUUGAAUAAAACUCAGUAACUUAGCCAUAAAGAUUUGAUUUAAAUCCUCAAAAUUUUUCUAUUGCUUUUGCUCUUUUGAACGAAAAUCUAGAUCCCUUUAUCGAUUAAACCCUUUACAGUAUGAAUGGCUAAAUUUAUUAUAGAAAUAAGAUUUGGAAUAAUUAAACAUAAAAAUAUACAGAAGAUGUGGGAACUCAAGAAUUUUAAGUGAUUCCUUGUACUGAAUAAAGCUUUUAAGAACCUAAUAGCAGAAAUUACUUUUUAAAUUUAAAUUAUACUAAUAUGUAUUGUAUUAAGGACACUUCUUAACUAUUUAUUGAAGGACAAUUUGAUGCAGAUCGUUUUACUAUGCUCAAAAUUAAUCUAACAGAAUGCUCUGAUUUGAAUAAUUAAUCAAUAAAAUGCUAAUAAUAGCAUGAGAGGAAAAAAUAGUUAGAAAAUACUAAAUUAUAAAUAUAUUAUGUCAAUCGCAUCAUAUAGAUCAGAGAUUAUAGUAAUCCGUUCUAGUCAGUCGGACAGACAUAAUUUUGGAGAACUAAUUAUGAAAUGGUUCAAUAAAUUAAUUUAAUGUUUGUAAACACAUAUAUAGCUGACGAUACUAACCUUUUUUAUGGAGAAAAUUAUGUUAAUUAGAGAGAUUUAGUAUUUAGCUAAGACAGAUUAUUAUAAGCUUCCAGAGAUUAAGAAUCUAAUCAAAAUAUAUAUGAAAUAGAGAUAUACAUGGAUAAAAACAAGGAAAAUGUCUACCGUAGAAUUUAUCAAAAACUUCCUCAAGCCAUCUCCUAAAUAGGUGGCAUAUUUAAUGUAUUUUUUGCAAUAGGAUGCUUGUUCUCUCAUCCAUAUGCUAAAAUGUAGCUAGAAAAAAAAUUAAUCAAUUAGAUCUUUUAGAUAAAAAAUGACAAUGAUGUAAACAAUUUUAAGAAAAGGAGUAAACCAAAAUAAGAGUUUUCUAGAUUAAGUUAAAACAAAAAAUAUCCAAAAAAUUAAGAUUAAUUAAAAAAUAAUUAAAAUUAAAAAAAAACAAAUACUCUCCAUUUAGAUCCAGUGACUUUUAAUUUAACAGAAAAUUAAUAAAGGCACUCGAGUAAAGAAAAUUAAUGUGAAUUGAAAAUUAAUUAACCUUAAGAAGGGUCUUUAAAUACUUUUGGAAAUGAAGGUUAGAAAGAAAAAAGUUUUGAAUAACAGCAGCAAGCACCAUAAUAAAAUCAUAACAAGAUAAAUAGAAGCAAUGAAUUCACCAAUUAUUAUAAAGAGAAUUAAUUCUAACAAAAAAAUAUCAAUUAAAUGAAGCAUUAAAGCAUUAAAAAUUAAUAUGCUGAUCAAAUAUAAAAAAUUUUUUAUUAAUUAACAAAUUUAAAUUUUUUUAGGUAAUUAUUAAGAGAUGCGAAAUUAAAAACAUCAGAUUAUAUAAAUAGUUAUAUAGAUUACUUUUCAUGCUAGAAAAGUUCUAGAAUGCAAUUUUUGGAAAAUUCUAUUAACUAAAUAAAUCAGCAUACUGAUAUUUGCUAAAUUAUUAAUAAAUAAAUAGAGCUUGAGAAUCUUAAAACAUUAGUCCUAGAUGAUAAUCAAUAAACUCUUUUUAAAUGCAUCCCUAAACCUAAAAUCAUCAAAGAUGAAACAGCUUUUUCAUAAGAUAAAUCUAUAGAUUUCCAAUUUAAGGUUAAUAACUUAUAUGAUUUUAUUUAAAACUAAUAAAACAUUAAAUAAACCAGAUUUUAAAUUGAACUGAUCAAAUUUCUAUCAUAAGCACAAUCAGCACUAAAAAAAAUGAGAAACAAUAAAAAUAAGUUUAAUCUUAAACUAAUAUAAAUACUUGAUUAAGAUCUAGUUGAUAUGCUUAAACAAGAUUUAUGUUUCGGAAACGAGUAAGUCAAACAAAUAUUUUAAUAUUAAAAUAACGCUGACUAAUCAACAAGCAAAUUCGAAUAAAAUGAAGCUGACAGCUACUAAAUGUAAAAUUGUGAGCUAAGCCAAAUAAAAACACUUAGCAUUCCAAUAACUCAUUCAUAAUAUUUUAUCCAAAAAUCUAGCGAAUAAAUACAAUUAAGUUUUAAUGAAGAAAAUAAUGUCAUUUAAAAAAUAAAAAAUAUUGAUAAUGUAAAUAUAAUCCCUCACUAAUUAAAUAUAAUUAAAUUAAACUGA